AUGGUUGAUGACGGUCUUUACGAAAGGCACAAUAUUCCCAUCCUAGACUUCGCACUCGGCCAGCAUGUUGCUGCUAUGAGGGCCGGUACUGUCGGUUCUCGCGUGGGGCCGAUCAUGGCGGCUGCAGACAGCAUGAGGAUUACUAUAACUGGCCGCGGGGGCCACGGCAGACAGCCACAUCGUACAGUUGAUCCAGCUGUAAUAGCAGCUCAUGCCGUUGUCCGCCUGCAGAGCAUUGUCAGCAGCGAGAUUGACCCGAAUGAUAUCUCUAUAUUGAGUCUGCAAGCAGGACAAACAGAAAAUGUGAUCGCUGAUACAGCGGAGCUCGGCAUCGAUAUAUGA